GACCUGGAGGCCCGCCACCUGCUUCCAGAGCCCACCCGUAUAGGGGCCGCCCAGCCUUCUGGAGGCUACAAGGCUCCAGUCGAUAAUGAUGCAAUCGAGAGCACUGCUUGGAUGAUCCAGGGAUGCCUUCAUCGCUGCUUGGGGCCGGUUUUCGGCUGGCUAGGCUUCAGCUUCUUGGACGACUGGUGGCCAAAGAGGACGCUCCAGGUUGAAGAUCUCAUGCUCUACGAGACACAACAGGAGCACCAAAGGCAUGUAGCUUGCAUUGCCCUUGUUUUCGCGGGAGGUCUUCCGCCACGGGAGGAUCUUGAGGGCGCGGCUCGGGCGUUCAGCAGCCGCGGUGACCGCAUCUCUCGGUCAGAGCUGCAGGCGAUGUUCUACUUCGCCGGCUGCUACAAGGAGAGCAAAGAGUUCCUGUCCUUUCUCGCCGGCCAAGCGGAACCAGUGGAAAGUCAGCAG